ACUAGAACAAUAAAUAGAGAGAUUGUUAGUCUUAAGAGUCAUUGACUACGCAUUAACGGGAAAAAAUAUUGCGGAGAAAACCAGUUUAUUUUUCCAGUAUUCCUUAAUUCUUACCUAGACUAAUUUUCAAUUCGAAUUCGGCAUGAGCUCGCAAAUUCUGCGUUCUGAGACUCUUUAGACGAAUUCUGUUGGGACACGUAAAAUUAUACACUGAAUAUUAAGGAGCUCAGUUCUUAUUCCUUUGCUCUGAUAUUAUUCCAUUUUCUUACUUCUACUUAAAUAGAAUAUUUUUUAAGUAGCAAAAAAUCGCCAAAGAGCCAGCCAUAAAGUUAUAUUCUAAAUAUGAAUAACUGAAAACUCUACAAACAAAAUUAAAACCGACGCAACUGAAAAACAAACAAGCAACUUCACUCACAGUCUCCCAGACCAAAAGUUUUCAAUUCGGAAACGCAUUAAUUAUCCGACUUCGGUAUCGCCUGCAGCGAAUCUGUUUGGAUAUCACGUCAAAUGAUUUUAUCUAAUUGAAGUACAAAGUCGCCGUUAUUAAUACUUAAUAAGAUACUUCCUUAUUGAUGUUUGAGCUUGGACGUUUUGGGCGAAUGUUGGCCGGGGUUGAUUUGCCCUAUCCCCUCCCUUCCUCGCUACACCGCCCUUGUCUAGACUGGCGGCGAGACCGAUUUAGUUCGUUCCCAUCGCUCGUGCGGGAAGGGUGUCGCUCGCUCCGUGCGUUUGGCGCGAAUUUUAAACGUCAGUGUGUUUCUACGUGACUUUUUUGAAUUUCGUAUUCUAGUGGAUUGUUGAGUGAUUUUGUGAUAGACUGUACCCUUUUGUUCUUGACAUGGAUUUGUUAUUAUUAUAAAGCGGAGAUAUCUUCUGACCUUAGUGUAUCUUUAGGUGAAUGAAAAAGAAGAAAAUGUUGCAGACUACGUCCGCUCAGAAACAUCAAUUGUUAAGCUGAAAAUGUGUUAGUGGACUGUCAGAAUGGAUAUCUUGACCCUAGUGACAUCUUUACUCGGGCUGGUAUGCUUCUGCUCAGGUCCAGCAGAAUGCGGCAUGAGCGAUGACUACGUCAGCAAUGGAGAAGCGCCGUACAUUAUAGAACAGCCCAUUGAUGUCACGGUAGCCCGUCACCAGCCAGCCACGCUCAACUGCCGCGCUGGGGGCUCACCUUCACCAACCAUACGAUGGUACAAGGGAGGAGUCCUCGUGGUCUCAGACACCCAUAGAAGCUUACUGCCAGCUGGAGGCCUCUUCUUCCUAAGAACCACACAUGGAAGAGCACAUUCAGACGCCGGUGUUUACUGGUGCGAAGCAACAAAUCCUUAUGGAACAGCAAGGAGUAGAAACGCAACGUUGCAUGUUGCAGUCCUUCGUGAGGAGUUUAGACUGGAGCCGGUAUCCACGGACUCGGCGCAAGGUGAGACUGUGAUACUGGAGUGUUCGCCGCCACGAGGCUCACCAGAACCCACUGUGUACUGGAAGAAAAAUGGACAGAUGCUACACUUUGAUAGCGAUUCCAGGAUGCAUUUAGUCGACGGUGGCAAUCUCGUAAUACAAGACGCCAGGCAAACCGACGCCGGCAGAUAUCAAUGUAUUGCGAGGAAUGCGGCGGGAACCAGAGAAUCGGCAACAGCGACGCUCAGAAUACAGAUUAAGCCGUACUUAAUCACGGGCCCGGAGGACGUUGUGGCACAGACUGGCGGCAGCGUCACAUUCCAAUGUCGGGUGGGGGGAGAUCCCCUCCCAGACGUGCUAUGGCGAAGGACUGCUGGCGGUGGAAACAUGCCACUCGGCCGCGUCAAAGUUCUCGACGACAGGAGCCUGAGACUCGACAACGUUAUUUUAGCCGACGAGGGAGAAUACUCCUGUGAAGCCGGUAAUUCUGUCGGAGCUGUGAGCGCGAGCGGAUACUUGACUGUAUACGAUCCUCCUGCUAUUACUUUAAGACCUAAUUCAGUUAACGCUGAGAGUGGAACGAUGGCGACAUUUACUUGUACUGCCACUGGUACGCCGGAACCCACAAUGUUUUGGAGUAUAGAAGGCAACCGAACAAUUAUCUUUCCUGGAACAUCGAGAGGCAAAUACCAUGCGACAACAGUUCUCGAUGGGGUUACCAUACUUACAAUCAACGACACGAAUAAAAACGAUAGUGGAAACACGAUAGUUUGCUCGGCGGUAAACUUUGCUGGCAGUUCGUUUGUCAGAGGGAAACUAACCGUGACGUCAGACGAUGACCGCCCACCGCCAAUCAUAACAAACGGGCCCUCUAACCAAACGUUACCUAUAAAAUCGAUGGCAGUUUUCCCCUGCACAGCCGUCGGCACACCUGAACCAAUCAUCGCUUGGUACUUUGAAGGGGAAGCAUUAAUACAAAAUCAUAGAAGGAAUGUUACUAAUGAUGGUACUCUUAUAUUGAAGGAUUUGGACAAAACCGACUCUGGUACAUAUACGUGUGUCGCUUCCUCACACCACGGGAAAUAUGUUUGGAGUGGAGUCUUAUUAGUCGACAGUCCAAUAAAUCCGAACAUUCAUUUUUUUCGGGCUGCGGAUGUAUCGUCUUUGCCUGGUGCGCCUACAAAACCACUCAUUUACAAUGUAACAGAUACAAAAGUUACCAUCACUUGGAAUCAAAAUAAUAAAAUUGGAUCAUCAUCCAUACUUGGGUAUCAAGUGGAAGUGUUUUCUAGAGAGACAUUAUCGGGAAAUAGUACUCCAAGAAAUUCAAGAGGGUGGGUUGUGUUGGCGAGGCGAGUUCAUCAUACACAAUUCGUUGUUAAAUCAUUAGUACCUGGGGUCACUUAUAUGUUUAUCGUCCGAACAGAAAAUUCCCAUGGGUUGUCCGGUCCGAGCCCCGUAUCGGACGCUGUGACUAUUGGUGACGAUGCAAACUCUCUGUGGAAAACUGGUGUAUUCUCUAACAAUACCGAAUUCAGAAACAACAUUUUAACAGAUAACAUAGUGGAACUGAUUGAAGCAACACCAAUCGAUUCGAAAACUAUCAAACUCAUGUGGGAAAUACAGAACUUUUACUACUUGGAAGGCUUAUUCAUAUAUUUCAGACCCCAAGACAAUAUAACGACGGAGUAUGAAAUGAAAACUAUUUUGCAUUCCAACGACGUCUCCGGGUAUGAAAUAACGUCUUUGAGAAAAUAUACAAAAUACGAGUUUUUCCUUAUACCCUUCUAUAAGAAAUUUGAGGGGAAGCCAUCAAAUUCCAGGGUGGCUCAAACGUUGGAUGAUGUACCUGACGGACCUCCAACUAACAUCGAAAUGUUCAUUUUAAAUACAACAACAGUACAUUUAAAAUGGUCGCCUCCAGAGACCCAUUUACAAAACGGUGUAAUUACCGGCUACAACGUACUGGUUAAUUGGUUAGACAUACCUGCGAACAAAUCCAUGGUGGCCAUCAACACGACCGUACAUCAAGCGACCAGUCUAAUUAUGACUAAUUUGACGUCUGGUGUCAGCUAUUCAGUGCAAAUUGCUGCCGAAACUAUCGUUGGUCUGGGCCCAUUCAGCCAAAAAGUGUAUUUAAAUAUCGACUCUCGCUCCGUUGGAUUGGAUCCUUUGUCCAGAUACCCGAUAAACGGGGAAGUGUCUAUAGUGGCUGGGGACUUUGUUAUGGAAACAUGGUUUUACUUUUUGAUUGGAGCAAUUGUUCUGUUUAAAAUAAUUGUGAUUGGCGGCAUUAUUUACGUGCGGAAACACAACAUUUUCGCCAAAAAGUCUGCGCUUCCCAACAUUUAUGAUUCCAAUGGUACAAGUUUGGUGACUCAAAUGAACAUAAAAGCGGCGGUGUCUUUGUCUCAUCCUCUCAGUAGCUGUUACAAUAAGAACACUGUGACAAAAACUGAGUCACUGUUGUGGAUGGAGAAUCAACCUGGUUUGUGUAUGUCCGGCAAUCAAACCAAUCAAUCUAAAGAGAAAGCUAAUUCUGAGUAUGACAAAGUUACCCAGCAAUUACCUGAGUAUGCUGAAGUGACGUCUUCACGGGCGAAUGCAAACGAAUGGAACACAAGUAAAACAGCAACUUCACCGGCGGCGUACGCCUCGGUUACUCUAGUUGCCAAUACCAGGCAAUGUGUGAGUUCAUUGGGCUGGUUUCCGCCGACUGGUAAAAACGUUGAUUCGUUUGACAAUCGGUAUGCUGCUGAAGAGGAAAUGUAUCCAGCCAGCAACGGUGGCUAUUACAACAGAAAUGUGUAUAGCGAAAAAUAUUUCCAAGGCCAUCCAAACGUGUUAAAAUUCUACGAUUUACCUUCGUUAGAUAAAACACAGAAGGCUCAAAUAAGAUACAAUCAAUCAAGUUUAGAUGAGAGAAAAGGCGAUAAAAGCCUUAAGACUGAUGUAACACAAUCGCUCAUAGGCCGAACUUACGGAAUUAGUUCGAGGAAAAAUUCCGAAUCUGAGUCUACCUACCGAGCGUUCGGCGAAGAGGAAUCAGACGAGGAGAAUUACCCUGAGGACGGUGGUUACGACGAAUUGCAGGCUAUGCAGCCGCAGAGACAGAGACCACAACACCAGUACGAAAGGCCUAAUUUCGAUAACGACGCCUCGCGGACGCUGGCCAGACUGACGUCAUUCAGGCAGGGGCAGGGGAUCACUGUUAGUUCGAAGCAGUCGCUAGCCCCGACGCACCCGCCCCCCGCGCCCCACCCCCGCGUCGACUCUGUAACCCGGUAGUAUCACGCCUUGCCGGUUUUCGGCGACCUGUGCCAAACGGACGUAUAGACCGAUGAUCUUUCCUAGUAGUGUAGUGAUGUCACGGACAGAGAUCGCAGUUCUUCCUCACGUUGUAGUGUUGUACUCGUGUUAAGGAUGUGAUUUAUUUAAGUGAAGAUAAACAGUGACAAUGAGUGAUUUUAUUUUGAUUUUUGCGGACUAAAAAGGCCUAAAAUUGUGAUUAAAAGGAACUGGCCUAUCGAUUUACAGCACAAUAAUACUGACAAUGGUUUUUAUUUGAUAUAUCUUCUAAUAUAUUUUAAAAGUAUUCCUAGUCUUCGUAGUGUAAAGAUUGUAAAUAUUGUAAAUAGUUAACUAUAGCAAAGAGUAUGUAUAAUGUUCUACUACACUUGAUGACGUUAAAAUAUCAAUUCUGAUAAGUGUUUACAAUGUUAUUAUUGGAAUUGGAAAUUCAAUUGAUAUGUCCGUCUGAAUAUCAAUGAACGAAUUUGUAAUCCUAUAUCAUUAGUGUAAGCGUAACAAAUAAUAAUAGAAACAACAAAUUAACGCUUGGCAAUAAUUUGAAAUAACAUUAUAAAAAAUAUUCAUAGCAAUGUAAAUAAUAAAAUAAAAAUAAUAGCGUUUUGUUUGUAUGCAUUCUAGAAAAAACAAUAAUUCAUUGAGAAAUAACUUAUUAUUUCUAUUAAAAGUAUUUAUUAGUAUUAUUUUACUUUAUUUCUCGUGCCAUAUGUAGAGAUUGAUAGCUAAAUAAUAAUAAAGUAACAUUGGAGUUGUGAGAUAAAAUUCAAAUGAAGCUUUUACAAAACUAAAGUUAUAAUCUACGUAAGAUAAUGUGAUAUGAGUUUAUAUAUCCACUUGUUAUAAUAUUAAUAGCACGACUUGUAUUGCAUAUCAUAUGUAUUAGUCAUAAUAGUUAAAAAUGUUAUUAAUUAGGACGCUUCCAUAUCUGAAAACCAAAAUUAAUGUAAAGUGUAAUCGCCCUUCAUUUUGUAAAUAAUUAAAAUGGAGUUGACUUGCCUUUAGACUUCUUCAAUGUAUCAACUGAUCUAUUUUCCAGACUAAUAAACAAACUAUUUUGGGUGAAGAUCACAAGAUUGUGAGAUGUCGUGACAAGACCAAACGGUAGCGUCAUCAAUCUUAAUUCAAAACUUUAAGCAACACACGAAAUAACUUAAAAUUUUCUUAAAUGAUUAUCUGUCUCCACAUACCUUCUACAAACGACAGAGAUAGAAUGAGUCGUAAGAUUAUUUCGUAUGAUGUUGCAAAUUAAUAUCUGUUCGGACGUCACAAUCUUAUGUCUCUACCCUUAUUUAGAUACCUUGCUUUGCUAUGUACAGCAAUACGAAGAUAUAAUUAGAUUAGACAGCAGACUCGCUUCUGUUGACCAGUUUUACGUAGUUCCUAUUUUCGCACUUUGUUCAAAAGCGAGCAAUAGGCGUGUCACAUAAUAUACUAAAGUAAACUUUUUAUUUAUCACUUACAAUUAUUAUGAGUGCGAUGCUCAAAACGUGGUCCUAAGUACCAAGUGUUUUAAGAUUUGAAUUAUUGAAAAUAGAAGCAAUAGUAAAUUAUUGUUUAUGUUUGAACUGGUUUGAUAAAUGUAAAAUCAGUUUAGAAACUAUAAAAAGCAAUAAUUAUUCAAUAGAAAAAAUAUUCUGUUAUAAAAUAAUGUAAAUGUGUCAUCUCAUAAAUAUAAAAGGUGUAUCAGAAAUCCCACCAGAAAACAAUUUUCAGAGUAUAAAAAAAAAACAUAUUCAAGAGGUAUAAAACUCAUCACAAAAUUACCAAUAUCUUUUGAAAUAUAAUAUGUAAAGAUUCGUUUUCGGGAUUCGUUAUUUUUUAAGGAAAUUUCACCCUAUAUAUUUCAAUGUGAAUUAAUUAGCUGGCUUAUAGCAAGGUGUCUACUCAUCAUGUAAUACUAGAACAAUGAAACAAGCCAUUGGCCUAUUUUUAUGUGCGACGACCAUACACGGAAAUAGUUGAGAACACAAUAAUUAUAAACUCGAUGGAUUUUAAUUUUUGUAUUAGUCUUUGGAUACCUAUU